UCGUUGUAAGUAAACUUUAAAGUUUCUAUGACAACCCGAAAAUGGCCGAAGUUAUUUUUCAGUAACAUGUUUAUUGUGGUUUAUUGAGAUGAAAAUUUUUAUGUUUACAAGGCUUACACCUUUAUCUUUAUCACCCAGAAUUUUCCGGUGAUUAGUUUAUAAUAAAUAUAUAUUUUUUCAACAUCAGCAUAUCCGAGUAUGCUUGAGCCAGGAAGCCAACAUGUGGAAUAUCUGUUUUAUAUAUUCUUAUGCAAAUAAUUGUCAUUAGCCACAUUUAAUCCGGAUUUAAUUGAAUAUUUAAUUUAGCAGGAGGUUUCUACAAACUUUUGUUAUUUAAAAAAAAUAUCAGUUUAACAUUUACAACACAAGGCAAAAGACAAUGCUGAAUAUUAUUUAUCUGUUAUUGAUACUGGCACUAGGUGCAUUGACAUUGGGAAAAAGUUUGGACGACUGGCAAACGAGCAAUUAUGAUCGUAUUAAAAAAUGGCAAAUACAAAAUUCAUGUUUAAAAUUAUAUCCCAAGGUAUUUACAAGUUUUACACCACGUGGAAAUUUAUCAAACAAUGUGAUAUCAAAACAACAAUUAAUAUUUGACAUGGAAAAUUGUGUUAAAACUUGUUGUGUUGAUGAUGAAUGCAAUGUUGCAUUUAUGUACAAUAAAACAUGUUAUCAUGUUAAAUGUAAAUACUCAUCAGAAAUGUGUAUACCACUGUAUCGUCCUGAUUUAUCAGGUCUAAUUGAUCCACCAAGAAUGGUGCUUGUAAGACCAAUGGAAAAUGAUAGAAGCUGGAGUGAUUGGUUGACUUAUUCAACUGAUGAUGGAAUGAUACCAAAAGACGGAUGUGUAAAUGAUGAUGAUUGUCAAAAUGAUGAAAUUUGUUUACCAAAAGAUACACCAAAUGAUUUACAAAAAUUAAAUGACAAAGGUCAAUGUCAAUCAAUACAAUUUCCAAGCAAUAAAAAAUCAACUGAGCUAUCAUUAAUUAAUUACGAGAAUAAUGAUAAAUCAAGUACAUCAAAACAACUUAAACAAUUAACUGUUUCAGUUCUUUCAAAAGAAGUUAGACUUCCAGAGUCUGAUGUUACACUGUCAGCAUAUAUUAUGCCAGCUGAAACACCAACUGAAACGUAUAAUUAUGUUUGGAGUUUAUUGAGUCAACCUGGUAAUACUGGAACAAUGACUGGACAAAAUAGUCCAACAGUUAAAUUAUCAAAUUUAUCAGAGGGUCUUUAUAGAUUUCGUAUUGCUGUUACAAGUCAAGAUGGAUAUGGUGAAAAUUAUGCCAAUGUUAGUGUACUACCAGCAAAUAGAAUAAAUCAACCACCAAUUGCUAUAAUAUUACCAGCAUCACAAAUUGUCAAGCUGCCAAAUACAGAGGCAGUUCUUGAUGGUUCAUUGAGUAAAGAUGAUGAUCAUGUUAUUUCAUAUCAUUGGGAAUUAACUAGAGGACCAAUUGGCUAUCAAGCAAUCCUCGAUGAUACACCAACAAUUCAAUUGAAAAAUCUCAUUGCUGGAAAUUAUACUUUUAAAUUAACUGUUGAAGACUCAAAUAAAGCUACUAAUUGGACAACUGCUAAUAUAACUGUACUUAAAGUACCAGAUUAUCCACCAAAUGCAAAUGCUGGACAAGAUAUUAUAAUUUAUUUACCAAAUAAUAAAAUAAUACUUAAUGGUAAUUUAAGUUCAGAUGAUCGUGGUAUAUCAAGUUGGGAAUGGACAAAAAGUCCAUCAGAUCAAAAUAAAGCUGUUGAUAUGCAAAAUACAAGAACACCAUAUUUAAAAUUAUCAAAUCUUGAAGAGGGUAUUUAUACAUUUGUAUUAAAAGUUGAAGAUGAUUCACAACAAUCAUCAACAGCUGAGGUACAUGUAUUUGUUAAACCACCAACAAAUAAACCACCAAAAGCUGAUGCUGGUGGUAAUUUAACACUUGCAUUACCAACAACAACAGCACGUCUUGAUGGUAGUAAUAGUAAAGAUAAUAUUAAAACAUAUAAUUGGUAUCAAAUAAAUGGACCAAGUGAUAUUAAAUUUACAAAUAAUAAUGACUCAAUAACAAACAUAACAAAUUUAACAAAAGGUUUAUAUAAAAUUAAAUUAACUGUUGUUGAUAUUAAUGGUAAUGCUGAUUCAGAUAUUAUAUUUAUUAAAGUAACACAAAAUAAAAAUCAACCACCAAUUGCAAAUGCUGGUGGUGAUCAAAUUAUUUAUGCACCAGUAUUUGCAUUAAUUGUUAAUGGAUCAAAAUCAAGUGAUGAUUUAUUAAUUAAAGAAUGGAUAUGGACCAGAGAUCCAGAGUCACUGGCAAUUGGUACAAUUAUACCAAAAACAAAUGAAUCAUCAGUUCUUAUUGUAACUGGUGAUAUUGUUCCUGGACGAUAUGUAUUUCGUUUGAAGGUCAGUGAUGAACAGGGUGACAGUAGUGAGGAUACAGCAUCAAUUAUUGUUAAAUCUGAUCCUGAAUUAUUUCAUCUUGCUGAAUUAACACUUAAUAUUGGUGCAAAUUUAUUAACAAAAACACAACAAGAUUCAAUUAUUUUAAAACUUCAAAUGCUCCUACAUGAAGUACAAAAUAUUAAAAUUAUAUUGAGAGAUUUAAAAGUUGAGCCAAGAACUGGAAAAGCUAAGCUUAUAUUUUUUGUUCAACAAGAAAAUAAUGGAAUUAUUAAAUCAUUGAGUGGUAUUGAAGUUGUUCAAAGAUUAAAAGAUAAAUUAUUACAAGAUUCAGAACUUCUUCAACUUUCAGUUGCUUCAAUUGAUACAGCAAUUUGUCAAAAUAAUUGUUCUGGACAUGGAGUUUGUAAUGAAGAAACAAGACAAUGUCUUUGUGAAGCAUUUUGGAUGCAAAAUUUAAUUGAACAAUAUUUAGGAAAUGGUGAAGUUUAGUUAAUGAAUUUUCUAUUAAUUUGUAUUUGGUAAUUAAUUAUUGAAUUCAGAUCAUUUGGAUACUCUUCUUUCUUUGACGAUUUGUUGGAUUGGACUUGUAUGGGGAAUAGCAUGUCUCUGUUACAAGCUAUGCUCUGGACAAAAAAAAUCUAGAUCAAAAAAAAAAACAGCUCGUUAUUCACUUCUUCAGCCGGACAUUGAGGAAGACUCAUCUGCUGCAUUUGGUUUAAUUCCAGUUUCAGCCAAACACAAGAUGGUACUUUCUGAAUCAGAUACGGACUCUGAUGUUUUAUUUGAACAUCGUAGAGGAAAAAAUAAUUUUUUAAACAACAAAAAUGACAAAAAUCGUAAUGGAUUUUUGAAGAGUGC